AUGAGGACAAGCCCUCGCAUGGAGCCUGACAGGAGAGCGUCUCAGAUAACUGUGCCAGAUAGACCCGAAGGUGAGCUGGGAGUAGACCGAGAGACUCAUUGUGGAUCAGAAAGACACCAGAGACACCACCCUGAGAAGACACCAGGAGAAUCCCCCCAGCAAGGAGGGAGGGAGCGAGACAGCACUGCUGGGCCUCCCACCCACCCAGAGGGGAGACCCAAUACAUGUGCCGCCUGCGGGAAGAGCUUCCCCAAGAGCUCGUCCCUAGCCAUACACCAGCGCACGCACACUGGAGAGCGCCCCUAUGCAUGCCCGGACUGUGGCAAGCGCUUCUCACAGAGCUCAACCUUCCUCCGGCACCAGCUCAUCCACACAGGCGAGAAGCCCUACGCCUGCCUGGACUGCGGGAAGAGCUUCCGAGUCAGCUCCCACCUGGUGCGGCACCGGCGCGUGCACACGGGCGAGAGGCCCUACGUCUGCGCGGAGUGUGGGCGGAGCUUCAGUGUCAGCUCCCACCUGGUGCAGCACCGGCGUGUGCACACGGGCGAGAGGCCCUAUGCGUGCCAGUGUGGGCAGAGCUUCAGCCUCAGCUCCCACCUCCUCCAGCACUGGACCAUCCACACAGGCGAGAGGCCCUACCAGUGCAUUCAGUGUGGGCGGAGCUUCACCAUGAGCUCCGCCCUCAUCCGGCACCAGAGACUGCACGUGGGGGACAGCCCCUGCCAGUGCGCCCAGUGCGGGAAGUGCUUUGGCCGUGGCACAGAGCUCAGCGAACAUCAGCAAGUCCAUGCAGGACAACGGCCACACACAUGCGCCCAGUGUGGGCGGAGCUUUGGCGCAAGGUCCAAUCUCCUUCAGCACCAGCGCACUCAUGCUGGCGUGCGGCCAUACCAGUGUGCAGAGUGCGGACGGAGCUUCAGCCGCAGCUCCAACCUCCUCACGCACCAGAGGGUGCACACAAGCUAG